GUGGGCCGGGAGGGGAGGAAAUGGAGGGGGAGAGCGGAGCAGCGCGUGUUGCCAGGUCGCGCGCGCGGAGCGCUGUUAACGCGAGUGAAACGAGCCGAUGGACCGACCGCAGCACGGUCGGGAGACAUCUACGAUCGAUAAAGGCUCGUGGAGAAAGCCCGAAAUCGCGUCGCGCGACGGAAAAUCGCGAGAGGAAGAGAGAUAAAUAAAAAGAGAGAAAGAAAGAGACAGAGAUCGGCCGGCAAGCGAGCGAUCGGCACGCUUUUGUACGAGGUGAUAAAACGUCUUGCGAUUUUUCGUGACGCAGACAAGACAGCCGCGACAACGACGACGGCGACGGCGACGGCGGUAGUAGUGGUGGUGGUGGUGGUGGUGGUGGUGCGCGGCGCCGCGCGAUUAAUACAAUCGGCAGGUGAUUUCUCGUCGCUGAUUAAAGCGCCAUGUCCCGCGAUGGACCAAUCAGCUGCUUGGUAAACCGCCGUGAGACCUCGAGUCUGUCCACAGACGAAUGACAACAAAAGAGACUGAUAGAAGUCGCGCGCGCGAGAGAGCGAACCCGAGUUUUUUCGCACGCGAGUGUGUUACCCCCGCGCGCAGCCGAGGAGGCCCAGUAUAUCCGCCGUCGCGGCCGCUUUUUUUCCGUUUACCCCCCGUAGCGCGCCGCGAGUAACGUCGCUUAAGCCUGGUGGUGGUGAAAGGUGCCGUGAGGAAUAUGAAGAGGAGAAAUGUCGAGUGCGGUAAGCUUCGGAGGCCCUUGAAACGCAACAAGCUCACCGAGGGGAUCUACGGAAGUACCUUGCUUUAUCUGAAGUUUCUUCUACUAUGGGCCAUGGUGAUCUUGGCAGACUUCAUUUUGGAAUUCCGUUUUGAAUUUUUGUGGCCGUUCUGGCUACUCCUCCGAAGCGUUUACGAUUCCUUUAAAUAUCAAGGCUUGGCCUUCUCUGUAUUUUUUAUUUGUAUUGCACUUACGUCAGACAUGAUUUGCUUCUUUUUUAUCCCUGUGCAUUGGCUGUUUUUUGCUGCCAGCACUUAUGUUUGGGUGCAAUACGUCUGGCAUACAGAUAAAGGAGUGUGUCUACCAACUGUGAUGCUGUGGCUACUAUUUCUAUAUAUAGAAGCAGCAGUGCGGUUGCGUGAUUUGCGUCAUAUGCCAUUUCACCUAGACCUCUGUCGGCCGUUUGCAGCACAUUGCAUUGGCUAUCCUGUAGUUACAUUGGGCUUUGGUUUCAAGAGCUAUGUAGGCUACAGAAUGAGGCAGAGAAAACAAAAAGAUGUAGCAAAGGAGAACGAGUUCUACCUACAAUUACUGCAGCAAGCACUGCCUCUAGAGCAACAAGCUAUGUCAAUGCAGCAAAUUCAACCGCAAAUGCAGCCACAGACACAACAGGUCACUGCGUCGUUAGAGCAACACGUGAAAACUCAAACACACAAAUUGAGUCCACAGUACAAUCCAAGCCCUGAAAAAAGCAGAGGUAAGGGUAAUAACAAUUCCAUAGAAACGAACGUACAAAAUGGCGGAGUACACCCUAGUAGCCAGGUCACAUCACAAACACAAACUGCUACUACCAAAAGUACUCAUAGAAAAUCCUUAGACAAGAGUGAAAAGCAGGAAGAGCAGCAUAAUAAACACAAUGUAUCAAAUAAUUCACCAUCAGACAAAAGCGACAAGAAAUUUAUACACAGUAAUGGAAGCACAGUAUCGCACAGUGACAUACAACUCAUCGAGAGGGUGGGAUCUGUAAAUGAUUUUGACAUAAAUGAGGUAGAAAAGGACAAAUCUAUCAAAGGUUGCGGACAUACUACAAUAAAAUCACAAACGAAUGGUUCGGUAGCAGGAAAAUGGAAUAACGUAAAAGAAAGUCGAGAUUCAUCGUCGACUACUAAUGUCCAACGGGAACGUAAGACUCGGCAGGUUAAAAAUACUAGUGAAAUCACAGCGGAGCAACAGAAACAGCAAGAUGAUUAUUAUCAAAGGUUACUGGUGUGUCGCAGGCUCGAGGCAGACAUAAAACGUUUGAAGUCAGAUUUGCAAUCAAGUCGACAAAUGGAACAAGAAUUACGAUCGCAAAUCAAUGUCUUGCUCAAUGGAGAGAGACAAGCUAAGGGUGAUAUUCAACAACUCCAACAUGAUAAUGACCAAUUGCAAAGCAAAUUACAUGGUCUAGUGACGGCGCGUCAAUUGGAUAAGCAAACGGUGUCAUCGUUGGAAAAGCGAAUUGCAGAAGAGCGAAAGCAACGUAACGCAUGCGAAGCGUCCUUGCUCUCCGAACGAAGGGCACGACGAGCUGCCGAAGAAGCACGCUCCGCAAUUCCACCACCACCACCUCCGCUUAUCAGGCAAGAAUGCACUGACGCGUGUAAAAACCGGAGAUCUCAAAUGGAACAGGACCUUAAAAAUCUGCGCCGAGAACUCAAAUUGAAGGAAGAAAGAUGUAACGCAUUGGAAAACGAUGUCGCGCGUUGUAAAGAGAACCACAGAGAGUGUGAAAUUCUACUCCCUGCACUCAAUGCGCUGCAAGAUAAAAACGCACAUUUGGAAAAUAGCUUGAGUGCAGAAACGCGUAUAAAACUUGAUCUGUUUUCGGCACUCGGCGAAGUUAAGCGCCAAUUAGAAAUCCGAGAAAGCUUAAUCAGAUCUCAAGAGAAAGAAAUCGAGAUGUUGAAAACAAAAAUAGCGCAAGAUUUAGCUGUGAUGCCACAAGAUACAUUUGGUCCAGCGCCAAUCUGUGCGACGUCCAAGCUUCGUUUAAAUAGUGAAGUGAGAGUAGUAGGAACAAAAAUACGUUCGAAUGAAAGUCCCUGUCCGGGGUGUACCGUGUCAAAUUUGGAUCCGAAUGCGACAGCGUACACGCCUAAAAGUUCCCUUAUAGCAUCGACUGAAGCUUAAGGAACUGCAAUUCUCUCAUCAGAAACCCGAUAGUAGGAUACAUCAACUACAAAGAAUGUUUCAAGUUUCUUCGUGGAAAUAUCACUAUUUGAUUCACAAGUAUGCAAAAUACGGAUUUAUCGAUCAGCUGCUGAAUCUUUUCUGCAUCAUCUUCUUUAAGACAACACAUAUUUUUAUUAUAUACGGAUCCUCCCGAUGUAAACAAAACCUGGAAGUCUUCCAUGAGAAACUUCGCGAAACAUGUUUUGUAUCGUGUCUUGUCGUUUUGAAAAAGAAAUGGAACCGUUGACAUUACUUAUGAUCACGCGACGCGGCACUGGUUUUUAGAAUGUCAAAGAAAUCCAGUAACAAUCUUAAUUUGUAACAUUUAUGCUGUAGGUUGAUCUUACGAAUAUAUAACAAUUCGUGAACAAUCAGUGAAUCGUAACUAU